GAAUCUGACUGUAAUUUGUGAAUGGUUGAUAGUUUCUGGAGGUGAAAUGUCAGAGUUCAGGGAUGACACGGCGGUUCGCGAUGGGGACGGAAGCAGGAUUCGCGGUCUCACUCAUAAACAAGAAAUUGGGUGCGGGUGACCCACUUGCUCUGCACAUUGAAGCCGUCAAAGAAGGUGAGGAGCCCAUCAGUUUCGGCCCCAGCUCCGCCCUCGUCGAUUACGGCGGUGGCUGGCGGUUACAGACCGUUACCCAGCUGGAUUCACCUGGGUUUGGAGGUGGAGAAGGGGUUGUGAGGCCAAUGGCAAUGCCAGUUCCCGAUGUAACGCUACAACAUGAUGCAUCUACAACAAGCAGUGGUGUUGCAAUAGAUAGCCUUUUGGACACCACAAGUGAAUUCAUCACUGAUGAGGUAUUCAAGAGUCGAGAAGAAUUGGUCAAUUGGAUUCGUGUACAAGGACGGAGUUGUGGUGUGGGGGUGGUCAUCAAGAGGUCAGAUGCUGCUGGAAAAAAUAGAUUACGACGAGCUAGAAUUAAUCUUUGCUGUGAGCAUAGUGGAUACUAUACUAAGAAGUCUAAUCGUAGAUUCAGAUGGCCAACAAGCGAUGAGCUUCAGUGCAGAUAUAGAUCAUCGGAAGAGAAAGCGCCCUAAGGCCACAGGUACGAAAAAGUGUGGUUGCCCGUUUUUAUUGAAAGGUGUAAACGUUGGUCCCGGAGAUGAGUGGAAACUUGAGGUUGUAUGUGGGGUGCAUAACCAUCCUUUCAGAGGAGGGUGUCUUGAUGGGCAGUCGUAUGUAGGUACAGAAGAAUAUGUUGAAUUUGAAUGAGCUUAGCCAGAUCAAAUAAAACCCCUUUCGUUGCA